AUGAUGAUAAAUGAGCAUGGACCUAUUUUCUUUAGGAGAGUAAGUCCAGAUGAAGAUGAAUUUGAACGGCGGCCAAGCCACUCCGGAGAUGGUUGCUUCAUAAACCCUGAUAGUAUUGUUGAUUCCAAUUCAUUUGUCACAUUACAAGGAAAGACUACUGUAGGAGAUGCCUCAAAUCCCAUUAACAACAAUGCCAUUCAAGAGCAGUUGGCUGGAGGAAGGCCAAUUGCUUCUGCUGCUUCACUUGCUGAUAGAAUAGGCUUUCAAGAAAAUCUUCAGAGUUCAGCAGUUUUGCCUCAUUCAAUGUGUUCAUUGGAGGCAUUGGGGCCAUACAUUUUCAAUAAUUGGCAAAAUGCAUCAAACCCUUUGGCUGCGACUUUUGGUGAUCACGGCUACGAUGAAUUAUCAGGUAUUCAUAAGUGGAAUGUGAACAAGUUUCUGAAAGCUCCAGAGGCUAAUGGGACUGAGAUACUGGCUUAUUCUUCCCUAGGAAACCUGGUUCAAAAUGGAUGGACAUCAUCAAAUGUUGCAAACUUGGCCAAUUUUGCCUAUAAUUCCUCUAAUUGUAGUAAUGAGCUAUCACUUAGUCUUGCAAGAUCUCCUCCAACUGCAGGUCAGUGCUCAGAGUUGAGCUGCUCCAACGCAUCUUGUAGCAUGAAUGGAACAAGUUCAGGCUUGGAGCAACCUUCUUGCAGCAGUAAGGAGCUGUCUAUGAGAUUAGGUUCUAACAAACAUGUCCAAUUUUCACCAGCAAUACUGGGGUCCAGAUAUCUUGCUGGGGUUCAAGAAAUACUUGCUCAAAUUGCAACAUAUUCAUUUGAAAAUGUAGGGCUGAUAAAUUACUCAGCUUCUGGUGUUAGAGCAGGAGGAAAUAAAUCAGCUUCAGCCUUUACACCAAAGGGAAGGGUUGCGAAUAACCAAAAUGCAAAUUCCAUGUAUGGAGCACAUGUAGAAGAAUCUAAUGCAGCUGACUCAAACAAAUCCCAACUUCUCAUGCUUCUACAGCUGGUGGACAAUGGAUAUAGUCAGUGUUUGGAUGAGGUUCAUACUGUGGCAUCUGCAUUCCAUGCUGCUACUGAGCUGGAUCCUCACAUGCACGCACAUUUUGCACUUCAAACCAUCUCUCUCUUGUACAAGGACUUGAGAGAGAGGAUUAGCAAUUGCAUUCUUACCAUGGGACCAGAUUCGAACAGCUUGUGUUCAGAAGAGGAGAAGGAAUGGUCUCUUGAAACUUCAUUCAUUCAAAAGCAAUGGGCUCUACAGCAGUUGAAAAGAAAAGAUCAGUUGUGGAGACCCCAAAGGGGCUUGCCAGAAAGAUCUGUCUCAGUUCUACGCGCUUGGAUGUUUCAGAAUUUCCUCCAUCCGUAUCCUAAAGAUGCAGAGAAGCAUUUACUGGCUGUAAAAAGUGGGUUGACAAGAAGCCAGGUAUCCAAUUGGUUUAUCAAUGCACGUGUCCGGCUGUGGAAGCCUAUGAUUGAAGAAAUGUAUACUGAAAUGAAUAGAAGAAAAGCUUGUAGACAUGAAGAAGGAUUGGAGUGCACUCACAAAAGCAGGAUAAGCAUGAACAGUCAAAUAAGUGUGCAUAACGCUGUGCGUAGUCGGGUAUUUUAUGAGAAGAUGCGGUUAUCUUCACAAAGGCGAGGUUUCAUAUAA